CGUGUGUGUUGAAAAAGAAAAGUACAUUUUGAGUAAGCGCGGCUGCGCGUUCGUGUGUUUAUAAGUUUGUAAACUUGAAUUAUAGUUUUCUUGCUUCAAGACACUGUCGAUGCAAAUACCGCCCACUGUUUAAGGCAUACAAUUUCUUCGGUAUCGCACAUCUAAAGAAACGACCACGCUGUGACGGAGAGGGUUCUGCGUUUCGACAACGAUGGGUUUCUGGGCAUCUACUUCCUUUAACUUUACUGUCCAAUCACAUUAGGUUAUAUGGUAUGCCUUUGUUAAGUCCACCCCCUCACCUUUGCAAAGCAGCCAAUAGACCAACUCCCAAGGGAAAUUGACUCAAGUUAUAGGCUGAACCAUACACAGUUAAACCAGUAUCUCAGGAUAGAACACACUCAAGUACUUGAACAGUUUUUACCCUUGUGGUUCCUGAUGGCUUCGCACAGUGAUACUCUGGUGGUGUUCUUUGGGGCAACAGCUGGUGCAAAUGGGGGUAAACUGGGUUCCGAUGAGAGGGAAAUAAUUCUCUUGGUGUGGCAAAUUGUGGAUCUACAUGAGAAAAAGGUUGGAAAGCUUCAAAGAAGGCUUGUGAAGCCAGACAGUUUGGAACUGACAGACCAGUGCAUAGAAGAGACUGGAUUAGAUUUGGAUGAAAUCUGCAAGGCCGAAACGCUGGAUAAAGUUCUGCAACAGUUCCAACAGUCAGUCUCAGCUGAGGUGAAGGCUCUGGGAAGGACCUCCUACACGCUUUGUGUCGACGGAUCCCUGGUAAUACGACAGGCCUUGCACCCCGAGGCUUCUAAAAAGAACCUCAUUCUCCCAGAAUGUUUCUACUCAUUUGUGGACGUGAGGAAAGAGUUUCACAAAUGCUGUCCCAACGCCGGCCCUGUCCAGGACCACACCCUGCCUUCCAUGCUAGAAUAUGUGUGCAUCCCUCCGGUGACAGACCAGUUGAUGGGGUUGAGGGAAGUGAGGAGCAUGGUCCUGCUCAUCCUUCACAUACUGGCAGAACCCUACAGCCACACGUUCUCCUGCUUUGAAAGCGUGAAGUACAAGUUUGAAUCCGGAGCCUGCAGUAAGACGGAGCCGGUGGACAGUGAGACCGUGAUCCGAGCCAGGGGCCUCCCGUGGCAGUCUUCUGACCAGGACAUCGCCCGCUUCUUCAAAGGUCUCAACAUUGCCAAAGGUGGCGUGGCUCUCUGUCUGAACACACAGGGCCGGAGGAAUGGCGAGGCCCUGGUCCGCUUCAUCAACCCCGAGCACAGAGACCUGGCUCUGGAGCGCCACAAGCACCACAUGGGCAGUCGCUACAUUGAGGUGUACAAAGCCACGGGGGAGGAAUUCCUCAAGAUCGCUGGAGGCACGUCGAACGAGGUGGCCCAGUUCCUCUCCAAGGAGAACCAGGUGAUCAUCCGCAUGCGUGGCCUGCCCUUCACUGCCACGCCCCAGGAUGUGCUGGCCUUCCUGGGGCCCGAGAGCCCCGUGACAGACUCCACCGAGGGCCUGCUCUUUGUUAAGUACCCUGACGGGCGGCCAACGGGCGACGCCUUUGUGCUCUUCUCCUGCGAGGAGUACGCCCAGAACGCCCUGAAGAAGCACAAGCAGAUCCUGGGCAAGAGAUAUAUCGAGCUGUUCCGAAGCACAGCCGCCGAGGUGCAGCAGGUGCUGAACCGCUACAUGUCAGCCCCCCUGAUCUCCACGCUGCCCCAGCCUCCUAUGGUGCCCAUGCCUGUCCUGGCCACGCCCCCAUUCAUGACCACAGGCAGCACGCGCGACUGCGUCCGCCUCCGAGGCCUGCCUUACACGGCCGCCAUCGAGGACAUCCUGGAGUUCAUGGGAGAGCACACCGUCGACAUAAAACCCCACGGAGUGCAUAUGGUCCUCAACCAGCAGGGUCGUCCCUCCGGUGACGCCUUCAUUCAGAUGAAGUCAUCCGAUCGAGCCUUCAUGGUGGCCCAGAAGUGCCACAAGAAGAUGAUGAAAGACCGCUACGUGGAGGUGUUCCAGUGCUCCACCGAGGAGAUGAGCUUCGUCCUGAUGGGAGGAACCCUAAACCGCAGUGGCCUCUCUCCUCCACCCUGCAAGCUGCCCUGUCUGUCUCCCCCAGCCUACGCUGCCUUCCCUGCCCAGGCCGCCAUGCUCUCUGAGGCCGCCCUCUACCAGCCCCCCCUGCUGGCUACCCCCAGAACUCCCCAGCCUCCCACACACAACCCCACACCCACCCUGGCCUACUACCCACCCCAUCCCCAUCUCUACAUGAACAUGAACAUGAACUACACAGCCUACUAUCCCAGCCCGCCAGUGUCCCCCUCCACAGUGGGCUACUUUGCGGCGCCCCCGGGGUCGGUAGCAGCGUCCCUGGCGGGGCAGCCCCACGCCUCUUCCAUGAUGCCCCAGCACGGCGCCCUGGUCAGGAUGCAGGGCCUCCCCUACAACGCUGGCGUCAAAGACAUCCUCAGCUUCUUCCAAGGCUACCAGCUUCAGUCAGACGCCGUCCUUGUGUUGUAUAACCUCAGUGGCCAGCGCAGCGGCGAGGCCCUGGUCACAUUCCCCAGCGAGGAAGCGGCCAGAAGGGCCGUGACAGAGCGCUCCAACCACCCCCUCUCCGGUCACCCCGUCCGCCUGGCAUAUUGCGAAUGACCGGCCCGGAGGAGAGAGGGUGGCUACCACUGACCCCCCCCCCCCCCCCCCCUUUUCUCUCUCUCCAUCCACAACUACUGACAGACACAGCUCUUUCCACAGUACCGCACGAUACUGCACAUAUUUAAGAUGCAUCCUUACUGGUCACGCCUGUGCGAUAAUGUGAUUGGCCCCUACUCCAGCACCACCAAUGUUACUACUCUCACAUCAACACAUAGUGACCUGAUGUUUUACUUGCUUACUGCUCACCACCAUCCAGGACUUCCACAUUGAAAACAGUGUCUCCCAUUGUGUUAUGUCUGUCUGCAGAACCUUGUUUGCAUGCAUGUCUGUGUGUGUAUCAUGCAUUGUUUGACCUACCUUCUGAUGCUGGGCUGUGCAGUGUAACUUAUAAUAAAAGCCAUAUAGACUGUCUCAAACCUAUUAUACUGUACCGGAUAGCAAAAGAAGCUUUUGUAUGACAUGGCUGUUUCUUGCAUGUAGAGUAGGCUAGCUCAAGCCACUGUGACAAAUGUCUUUUGACUCACUACUUGUAACUUCCAAUUAUUUGUUUUGCUAUAAAGAGCAUUUAUGUAUGGCAUAAUGCCAUUCUAUUUAGACUGUCAAAGCACUGUAGUUUUUUUUGUGUGUUUGGUUAAGAGUUGAGUCUCCGAAGGUCUCUGUCUUAGAAAAUACUAUAGGCUAGCAUGAGAAAUUGAUUGUAAGUUUAAUUCAACCUCAUUAGCAAAAUUUUGAUUUGUUAUUUAAAUGUGAAAGAACGUCAGCUGCAGGUCUGUACUUUUAGGCAUGUUAUCUUACCUUUAUAGACAGUGGAUCUCUUUGCUAUAUUUCUGGAAUUUUUGCCAGACUAUUUUUAUGGACAUGGCAACAUGCUCCAUCAAUUCUCCCUUGUUUUGGACCGGCAAACUGUGCGUAAGCUACAUCAGUUUUUUUUUUUCUUCCUGCGACUGGACUUCCAAAGACACUAGUUCCUUUUGUUUCUCAUUUUUGCUGUGCCUUUUGGAAACCCAGUGCAAUACUAGCCUGAUCGCAGCUAGGCAUAUCUCGGGAGGCAGAGCGUUUUGGUUUCUAUCAAGCGAGUAUGAGACUUGUAUGAACUUAACUUGUGUAUACUGUACAACUGGAUAAGCUUAGAUCUACUUUUGUAUACUGUACAAGUGUGAGCUUAGAUCUAUCUUGUGUAUGCCGUACAACUGGAAACAAUAAAUGGAUCUUGAUGUUGUCUCAGUUUGA